GUGUGUGUCUGUCUGUAUCUGUUUGUGUGUGUGUGUGUGUGUACCACAGCUAUCAUCCAACAGAGGGCAGGCAGCAGCCUCUGUACAACCAAAGUCCAAUGUUUUUGUACAGUUUGAGCUCAACCUAGCAUUUAGCUUCAGCUCCAUAAAGCCCUAACUAAAGCCUGACUGCAGAGGGGAAAACCACUUCUAAUGAGACUGAGCGAUGUCUUGUAACGUGGACUCUGUUUUUCCUCCAGGGGAUGAGGAAGAGAAAAAGGAGCCAGUUGACAUGGACAGUGAGAAGGAAGAAGACAACUGGAGUGAAGAACUCAGGUUGGUCCUCAUCGGAAAGACCGGAUCUGGCAAGAGUGCGUCUGGAAACACCAUCUUGGGCCGAAAGCAGUUCCUGUCGCAGAUCAGUGCCAGCUCUGUCACCCAGAUUUGCCAGCUUGGGAGCGCUGAACUCACCGAGGAAGAGGAUGCUGAGGAGGACGGCCAGACUGUCUCACGGAAGAGGAUGAGGAGAGUUGUGGUGGUUGACAUGCCAGGUUUUGGGGACACUCACCUCAGUGUGGAGCAGAUUCAUGCAGAGAUAGCCAAAUGUGUGUCACUGUCUGCCCCUGGGCCACAUGCUUUCCUCCUGGUGGUGCCAGUAGGUCGAUACACAGACAAUGAGAACCAGGCUGUCUGCGAGUUGGCUAAGAUAUUUGGGGAGGAUGCAGUCCGUCACCACACUGUGGUUCUUUUUACCAGGGGAGAUGACCUGGAGGGCGUAGCGAUUGAAGAGUACCUGAGGGAGACUGCACCUGCUGGGCUUAAGGCUCUGAUUGACAGGUGUGGGGCCAGGUACCAUGUACUCAACAACAAAGACCCCAGAAACUCGGCGCAGGUUAACCAACUCUUAAUGAAAGUGGACAGGAUGGUGAAGCAGACUAACGAAGGGUUUUAUACUAACACAAUGUUUGCAGAAGCAGAGGCUGUCAUCAGGGAGGAGCAGGAAAGGAUGUUGAGGGAGCGAGGGCAAGCAGAGGGGGAGGAACAAGGGGGUAACAAUGGGAGCUUGGAAGAACGGGCUAAACUUGCCAAACGAAGGAAGUGUGACUUGGAGUCUCACGGAGCAGAGGGCACCGAUAGAGGAUCACAAGGGGUCAGAAAGAGGGAGUUGGAGGGAGGAAAUGAAGAAGAUUUUAGGGUGGAGAGAUGGAGAGAGGAGAGCAGCGGCUUCAGCCUGCUGAGGGACCGGUCCAGAGGCAGGCGCAGAGGCAGGACCGUGACCCAGCGACAUGCUCUCAGGUCGUCCUUGAUGAGGAGGGAGGCUGCGCUCUCUGCUAAGGUCCUGCAGAGAGUUAAGAUCCUGGUGGCUGCUGGAGCCACAGGCAUGGCAGUGGGAGCAGUGUUUGGGGCAGCGGCCCCUUUAGCAGCUGCAGCCGGGGCAUCUCUCAUGGGGAACUCGGUUGGUUUUGCUGCAAGUCAGUUCGCUGGGAUGUCUGUAGCGGGAGGCACUAGUGUUGGGAAAGCUGUGGGGGCAAUAGUGGCAGCAGCCUCAGGGAAAACUGCGGUGGCUCUGGGGGCAGCAACAGGUGGAGUUCUGGGUGGUUCUGUUGGAGCCAUUGCUGGUACUGAGGCUGCCAGUCCUAGGGAGGGCGCUCUGGAUGCCCUUGGGCAGGUUAGUAUCAUAGGGGCCUCUGCUGUGGGGUUGGCAGCAGGUGUGGGAGGCACCAUGGGAGCUGGGGCUGCUUUUGGCGCAGCUCUGGAGGGAGCAGCUUUCAGCACAGCAGCUCUCAGUGGAGCUGAAACUGCAUCAGUAGGGGCAGCUGGUGUAGCCAGCGUGCCUGUGGCUCAGAGUAGUUUUGCUUCAGCAGCAGGGCAGCAUGCAGUGGCCACUGUAGGAGGUGUAGGGACUCCUCAGUGUGCUGCAGCAGGAGCAGCCUUAGCUCAGGAGAUAGCUGUGAAUGUCCCAGUGGCUGCUGGGUCUCCUGGUGCCGUGUGUGGGUUAACGGGGCCCAGUGUGACGUCAGUGGCCAGCAGGGUGUCAGACCACUGGGGCACUGUGGCGGCAACAACACGGAUCCUGAAUGCAGUGGCUGAAAUAGGCAAAGCUGCAGCAGGCAUUGCCCUGGCUGGUGGUCUGGUAGUGAAGGUGGUAAAAGAGAAAGUCAGAUGUGGCACAAGAACAACUGAAGCCAGUUACACAGAGAAGAAGUCUUAUGAGAUCUACUGGAACAAAUAAACACAAUGAAACAAUUUGCAUAUAUUUUCCUUGAUACAUUAGUAGACUCCACUGUAGCUUCCCUCAGUGAAAGAUAUUGCUAUCAGCAAGGACAUGCAAACCAUGUCGGAGAUGCACAGCUAGCAGUGACAGAAAUGUAAUAUAAAACAAUAUCAUAUGAACAAGUAAUCACACAUUAUAAGAGAUAAAAGAAAGCAGAAGCUGUAUUUGCAAGUAUUGAUAGGAACUGUUUGAGGCUGGUGAAGGAGUUCAGUGACACAAUGCUGUGUGGGAUGACUAAUGAAGGAUAUCAGGUGCACAGUCCUGUGAUACCUUUACUUUAUUUCCCCUUUUUUUCAAACACAUUUUUAUCUAAAUCAGUUUAGGAGGCGAUUGAUUCACCUUGCUGUUGGUUGGUUUGGAACCAGACCUGAUGUCUUCAUACACAUUUAUUUUUAUAAAAUAAAGAGAAAUUAAAAAGAGACAUUUACUCCUGGAAACUAAACUGCUGAAAAUGUGGGUCGUCACAGUUCCACUUUGUGAACUCGAUGAAUGAAUGACAUGAAUUUCAUAAAAGUAUUUAAUGUGACUUACUUUUGCCCUCUUUAACGAAUCACAGAAUUAUAAAGAGACCAUAAGAAAUUCUCUUAAGCACCAUAUUAAAGUGUUUGCUGAGUGAGAUCAAUGUGUGUGUAUAAUUAUUUUUGAGUGUGGAAAAUGAACAAAAGGACUGAAGUAAUAAAAAGCACUUAAACGUUGUGGUUUUUUGUUUGCUGUUAUGUAUUGUACGCUGGUUUUCAACAGGUAAUACGUGUGUUUACUUUGUUGCAGUUAAAUAAAACAACCAUUCUUCCCUGACUGAA